AUGGCAUGCCGUGAGCUGAUCGAGUGGAAGGCCACCAUCUUGGAUGGUGGCAAGAGAUUCCCUGGGUUUCACCAAGGCCGCUGCAAGAUGGAGCUGGAGACAGGAGGAGGUGGAUGCCCAUCUCCUGUCCCAACCAGCCGACCUGCUCUGAGCUUCUACAGCCCUGGGCUCACCAGCAGUUUCCUCACGAUGAAGGCUCUGUUCUUCGCUCUCUUGUUCGGUGUGGCCUUUGCUGAGAUUCAGCCAUCACAGGUCACUGGCACGUGGCACACGUUGGCCAUCAUAGCAAACAGAUUGAAGAAGAUUGAGGAAGACGGCCCCUUGAGAGGCCUUUUCCGCUACGUCGAGGCUCCUGAAGAUGGAAGAUCCAUGACCGUCCAAUUUUAUAACAAGCAAACCGGAGAGUGCAAGAAAUACACUGUUGUGGGCACGCUGCGGGACGAUGGAUUGUACGUAGGACAGUACGAUGGCCUAAAUGAGUUCGAGUUGCUGGAGCAAAGCAGCCAUCUGCUCAUCUUCCACAAUAAGAACACGGAUGAGGAGGGACAGGUCACGCACAUGAUCCUGGUGGCAGGGAAAGGAGAGAGGCUGACCGAGGAAGAGAAACAGAGGUUGGAGGAGUUCGCCGAGAAGAAGGGUAUCCCGAUGUCCAGCAUUCAGUAUGUCCAGGAAACAGAUGAUUGUCCGGAGAAGUAAAGACCUGCCCAGGUGAUAGCAUGUUCAGGAGGGCACCUGCCUCCAUCUUCCCCAUUCCAGCAGAAUCGACUCUGGGAAGAUGAGCUGUCCUCACGCAUCACCCAUGUUUUCCUCUAUCCUGCUACAUCAGCAUCCUGACUCAUGCCUUUCCCACUUCUCCCCUUCUCCUGAAAUCUGUGCUGGCA